GAAGAGUAGCGCGAAGAAAAAAGGAAAUCAGCAACGGAGCUCUUGUGCACCCGUUUCUGAGCGAAACUGACAUCAACAGGCAUCGCUUAGGGGGAAUAUAGCACCUCCCUACGACGAUUAGAAGAUAAACUUUGAGAGCACAACAAACCACGGUCGCUCUUCACCUAUCACGAGACUGCUAUAUAGAACGCAUAGCACAACGAACUGGUCGCACGACCCAUCUCCCAUACACAUACACACACCUCAAACCACCUCCACGCAAACCAAAUCAAUAGUCUACCUCGAAAUGUCCAGUGCCCAGGUCAAGAUUCAGCCUGGCCCUCAAGCCUCGACCAACCAGAAAAAGAUGCUUCCCCCUGGCACCACUACUGCAUCUGCUUCUUCUGCUUCUCAUCCCGCUCGCCCCGCCACGGAGAACAAACAAGGUCCCUCUAAUUCCUUUCUCCAUCAGCCCAAUCCCAACCCCACCAUCCCCAAGGUCCGUCUCAAAGUCAAUAACGUCAACGCCGCUCCAACGACAAGCCAGUUCUUCUCGGAAGUCGGCCCUUCGGGUCCUCGUCCUCGUCCUCCAGUCAAGUAUCAUUACCCGAUCAUCCUCGAUGAUGACGAGGAGGAUGACGAGGAUGACGAUGGGGAUGCCGAUUAUGCCGAGGACGACGGGACGUUCUCCUCUCAUCGCAAGAGGAAGGAUUCCGUUCAGGCUUCUGCCGACAUUCCCAGAAAGAAUACGAACGAAGGCAAGCACAAGAAGGUAGUGAGCAAGAAACCCGAUGGAGGCAAGGAUCGCAAGGGGAAGAGCGUGGCUCGGGAAACGACCGAGACGGGCAAAGCGAACGGAUCGGUGGCGAAAGGAGAGACUGACAGGGAGAAGCGCACGGCCGAUGUCGUCAAGUCAAAGAAGAAGGACCAGAAGUUAGCUUCUAUCGAACGUAACAGCGCGAGGAGGGAGAAGCUCAGUUCGGGCAUGGGAAGCAUCCAGACCAUCGCCAAGGCGUCUGGUUUCGCGGAUGAUUCGGAUGAAUUGAGCAGUCUGCCAGAUGAAUACAAGUCGGCAGACGAAGCGGCCAAAGCUGACCGCAAGAUCAAGCGAGAAAAACGUCGACGAAGACACGGGCACAAGCGAUGUUCCUGUUCAUCCCACUCGCAUCGACAUCGACGUAGAGAGCGCAACGUCGACCUCCCGCUGGAAUCCGCUUUCGCCGGGUCGUUGGGACCGGAUAUGGAGUUUCCUUCGGGCCCACCUCAAGCAUUGGAAGACGAGCCUCAGCUUCCGGACGGAAUUGACCCUUCCAAUGUCGAAGACGUAUUCCUCGAUGUUGCGCCGCCGAACCUCGCUUGGAGUACUGACGAGGAAGAAGAGGAGAUCUUGUUUGCCGCCCUCGACGAUUUCGAGGACACGGCCCAGACCGACGACAAUGGCGCCAACGAUACGGAUGCUACCGAAGAUGAAUCCAGUGCGACCUUCUCCUCGGACUCGGAAGACGAUGAUUUCUUCAUGAAUGACGAGUUUGGAUUUGGUCCGGCCAGCGAUCUUCCUCUUGUUCUGAUGGAAGACUGGUCCGGCAACCUAGUCUUUGCUCAACCGGUCAUUGAAGCAGAAGACAAGGCUCGACCGAGUCGUGGAACCAGCAAAUCCCGAAGCAAGGGCAGCAAGAGGUCCGGCAAGGGAAGCAAAGGGAGCUCGGGAAGCACCAUUAACGGCGAAGGUCCCGCUCUAUUGGUCGAUGCCGAGGCUUUCGAGACUGAAGGUGACGGAUACGAUGAUGGUAUGAGUGAUGGAGGCGAUACGACGGACAGCCUUCCCGAAGAGGACAUGCCGAGCCCGCCAGACAUUAUUCCCUUUUCGCUCGCGGCUGCCGGGCUCGAAGCCAACAAUGCCGCUUUCGGAGUGACGACGGUCGACGAGGCCGCCUUGGCCAGAGACCUUGGUCUGCCCCUAGCGGAUGCUAGGCAUUUGCUCGAAAGGGCUCGGGCGGAAGAACAACAACACAUCCUGGGAGGGGUUUCCAAUCUCAAUGUGGAUGCCGAUACGGUCAUGUCAGACGUGUCGAACAUCCAGUCGACGCCUUUCGACACCACGCAUGCAUCUGUCGUCGGGUCUAAUCCCGCUCUCCAGAAUCAAUCGCGUACAAGCUCGGCGUCGUUGAACACGCCUCCUGUGAUGGACGCUGUAUCGCCCGGGGCGCAAGCGGUCGCCUCUCCUGCUCCCUCUACUGCCUUGUCUACCAACGCACCCAUAGGUCUCCCGCUCAUGGGAUCAUUUACGCGUGACGCAGCGGAUCCAGAGCGAGUGGCCGUCAUCGAUGGUACGGGCAAGACUGCACCUUCGCCGUUUGUCCGUCGAGGGGCCGCUCGUGGUCGAAGCAGUGUCAAGAAGAGGACGUUUGGGCAGAGCCCUGCCGCCUCUCCUGUUGGCAGACCGAGAUACUCGUCGGUGCCGGCUUCCAGUCGCUUCGGCUCGAUGCGAGGUUCUCCGUUGCACCCAAACUUGCGUCACGAGCCGUUUGAGCGCGAGGACACGCCCUCGGACAUGGAAGUCAUGGUCGAACCCAUCUCCAUCGAUGACGUGCUCGACGUCGACGCUCUACAUCAUUACACUCAUGACAUGGACCAUCAAGCCAUGCCAGAUACCCACGAUCCGCCUCGACACCUCCGAAACUUGCAGCGAUGGGAGCGAGUUCCGAUCACUACCUUUCGUCGGAGUCGUCAUACCGGAGACGCUACUGCCCUGUCACCAGGACAACAAUCGAAUGUCGGGCCCUUUCGAGGUAGCUUUACCAGCCCAUCGAUGGCUUCGACAUUGGCUGGCGCGAGCACCGGUCCGCUCGGGUAUGCGCACGGCAUGAUGGUCUCGCCCAUUCUCGAGGCGGUGCACGAGCAAUCUUACAGCCACGAUAUGCGGCCUCGACGUCAGAAGAAUCGCAAACACACGUCCAACGGUACCCUCGCCCGUAACCGGACUUCCUCUCUAGGCUCGAUGCCGCCUCUCAAUCUCGGACGAUAAACAUCAUUCGGAUCCUCUCGCAU